AUGGGGGCGGGGUGGGGCGCCGGAGCAGGACAGCGGAGGAGAGCCGGGUUGCAGGGGCGGGGAGGCGGACCGCUCCGACACGCGGGGCGCAAACCUCCGCUGCCCCGCGCGCCCCUCCUCCUCUUUCCCCUCCCCGGCUUUCGACCGCUCUUCCCUGCGCUCACUUCCUGCUUGGUAAUUAGCAAAGCCUCUGUCCCGCGCGUCCAGGUCCCCCCUCCAGAGGCGCGGGCGGGAGCCCGGGUGCCGCGGGCCGGGGCACUGGGAGGAGCGGCCGAGUGCCCCGGGGUUCCCAGCGCCCGCGUGGUCCUGAGGCCCAUGACACUCUCCAGAUUGGCCCCUUACUCUCUGGCAUAUGCCAAGGAGAGCACAGGAGGCUCAGAGAAGAUGGUGGAGCUGUGUGUCAACCUUCUGGUGCACCACGGCUUGACAGCAGAUUCAGGAAGGGAAGAAGCAGUCCCCCAUCAGAGGUACAGCGUCCCUCCUGGCAAGGUGAUCCUGGUCUUAGCAACGGGCAAAUGUGAAGUGGUGCUUCGGGCACUCGAAGAAUCGGGCAGGUUGCCCCUGUAUCUGGCCUCACUCUUCAUCAGCCUCAUUUUCCUCCUGGUGAAUUUAACCUGCGCGGUGUUGGUGAAGACAGGAAGCUGGGAGAGGAAGGUCAUCGUCUCCGUGCGCGUGGCCAUUAACGACACGCUCUUCGUGCUCUGCGCUGUCUCCCUGUCCAUCUGUCUCUACAAAAUCUCCAAGAUGUCCUUAGCCAACAUUUACUUGGAGUCCAAGGGCUCCUCCGUGUGUCAGGUGACUGCCGUUGGUGUGACCGUCAUCCUGCUCUACACCUCCCGAGCCUGCUACAACCUGUUCAUCCUCUCCUUCUCCCAGAGCAAGAAUGUCCAUUCCUUUGAUUACGACUGGUACAACGUGUCAGAUCAGGCAGAUCUGAAGAAUCAGCUGGGAGAUGCUGGAUACGUGGUGUUUGGCGUGGUCCUUUUUGUGUGGGAACUCUUACCUACCACCCUAGUCGUUUACUUCUUCCGAGUCAGAAAUCCUACGAAGGACCUUGUAAGUAAACCUCUGUGUUUGCAGAAAAUAUCUCCGCAUUCUCAUCACAGAGCCUGCAGUUGGAAUAUUUUGAGAUUUUCAGUUGAGAGCCUCUUCCAUCCUCUUCUGAUAUGAAAAGUUCCAGAGUUCCCGAUGUGGCC